AACUCUGUCGCGAGGCUAAUCCGCAACAAUCUUAAAAGAUUUUAUUUAAGAGAAGUCGAAUCUGAUAUCGGAAGGAUGCCACCGAAAGUCGUAAGAACAUUCAGCUGUAGCCUCUGUAAGGAUCCAGACAAUAGCCACAUGGUGCAGUGCGACCGGUGCCAAUCCUGGUACCAUUAUCAAUGCGUGGGCGUUGGUGACUCUGUGGCGGACCGGAGCUGGCUCUGUCCAAAUUGUGACAAGCAUAGUACCACUGUGGCCCCUGAAACGUUGAGAAAAAAUGGAUCCAAAUCACAGAGGUCUAAGGCAAGUACGUCGACAUCUGUUAAGGCCGCAAAAGCGGCUCUAGAUUUGCAGCAGCUCCAAGAGCAGAAACAACUCGAACUACAACGCAUUCAGGAGGAAACAAUUCAAGCCGAGAAGGAAGUUGCUCUGGCGAAGAAUCGCCUGGAGAGCGAGAAAAAACAACGCGAAAAAGAAGCAGCUCUCGAGAAGAAGCGCCUCGAGGAUGAGCGAAAACGCCAGGAAGCUGAACAGGAAUUUGAGCGAGACCGAGUGAAGCGGGCCCAAAUCGAAUCAGAGAUCCACAGGAGGAACCGAAACAACCACUCAACUCGACCGAAAUAUGAUCAUAAUCAGCCCACGGUUCCCAAAGUAGACGGCACCCAAGAUCACGUUCAGAGAGAAAGCGAAUUUCCGAAUCAACAAAACAGCUCAUCAGGUUGCAACACGCUAACCAGUGGCCAGCUCGCGGCACGUUCAGUUUUUUCCAAAGAACUGCCAACGUUCACUGGUAACCCGGAAGAGUGGCCGUUAUUUUACAGUAGCUACCUGACUGGAACGAAAGAGUGCGGGCUUACUAACGCGGAAAAUCUUAUUCGUCUUCAGCGUUGCCUCAAAGGCGAAGCUUUAGAAGCCGUACGAAGUUGCUUACUGAUUCCUGAAACGGUUCCUUGUGCUAUGGAAACACUGGAGAUGUGCUUCGGAAGACCAGACGUACUAGUAAACACAGUUCUAGUCAAGAUCCGAAACACUCCCGCUCCCAAGGAGGGUCGAUUAGAGACCUUGAUAGCUUAUGGGCUGGCCAUCAAAAACUUUUGCAAUCACAUUCUUGCAGCAAAACUAGAAGACCACUUCAACAACCCUACGUUGCUUCAGGAGUUGGUAGAAAAGCUUCCGAUGGAAACAAAAAUGAAAUGGGCGGACUAUAUGGAACUUACAGGUGAAAGAAGCUUGGGUGGUUUUGGGAGAUUCAUGCAUGAGGUUUUGCGAAAGGCGAUCACGGUAACCCCCUACCACUCUCAUACAGUGAACAAGCCAGUGAGAGGAGAGGAGCCAAGACCUAAAGGUAGUGUGAAGUAUAAAGGGUACCUCAAUCAUCACAGCGAAGCUCAAGCACCUGCAGAAGGCAAAGAUGAUCAGAACCAGAACCAUAUCAAGAAGGUUUGUGUAGCUUGCGAAAAGCCAGGUCAUAGAUUGGAGAAUUGCGAAGAACGACCGAAUCCUAGCCCCAAUAAUUUCCAUCGAACUGAUAGUACUGCUAUCUAUCGAAUCGUCCCCGUCACUAUACACAACGGAUCACAAUCCAUCCCUACUUUUGCCCUCCUUGACGAAGCCUCCGAAGUCACGAUGAUCGAGCAAGGUCUUGCCGAUAAUCUUAAUCUCAAAGGUACCCUAGAACCAUUACAUUUGCAAUGGACCGCUAACGUGACUCGCUUCGAAGAAAAUUCUCGUUCAAUUGACCUACAGAUUUCCGGGAAGGAUAAGAGAAAACGAUACUGCUUGAAAAACGCCAGAACAGUCGAGGUCUUAGAGCUCCCGAUUCAGUCCAUUUGCCACCAAGAACUUAUUGAAGAGUAUCCGCAUCUGCGAGGACUCCCUCUAACGGACUAUGAAUUCGCCCGACCACAACUGCUAAUAGGUCUCGAAAAUAUUCACCUUGCCACGCCUCUGAAAAUCUGUGAAGGAGCACAUGGGCAACCGAUAGCCACAAAGACACGCCUAGGGUGGUGUAUCUACGGAGCAAUUCCGUACUUAAAAACACGCAAAUCCUAUCAGCAGCUGUUUCAUGGAAGCGAACAGACUGAAGAUGAGAAAUUAAAUGAAAUUAUAAAGCAACAUAUUAUCAUAGACAACUUAGGUGUACGUAGUACGGGAAUAGCACUCGAGUCCAAUGAAGAUAAACGUGCUCGAGAAACAUUAGAAUCCACCACACGCCGAAUUCCUGGAGGGUUCGAAACCGGAAUUCUGUGGAAAAGCGACAAUGUUGUCUUUCCGGAUGGGUUUUCUAUGGCUCUUAGUCGGUUAAACAGUUUAGAAAAGAAAAUUUAUAAACAUCCGGAUUUGGCCAAUCGCGUGAAGGAACACAUUAACGAAUACCUUGAGAAGGGAUACGCUCAUAAAGCCACUUACGAGGAACUGAAUUCUGCGGAUCCGAAACGAGUCUGGUAUUUACCAUUGGGCGUCGUUAUUAGUCCCAAAAAACCAGAAAAACUGCGACUUAUUUGGGAUGCAUCGUCGAAAGUUCGGAACACCUCAUUCAACUCAUUGGUACUAAAGGGGCCGGAUCUACUCACGUCACUUCCUGCAAUUCUCUUCCGAUUUCGAUCUAGAAGGGUGGCAAUAUGUGGCGACUUGAAAGAAAUGUUCCACCAGAUAAAAAUUCGAAGUGAAGAUCGGUCUGCUCAGAGAUUCUUGUGGAGAGAUGAUCCAUCCGCCAAACCGGAAGUCUACACCAUGGACGUUGCAACUUUCGGUUCUGCCUGUUCACCCUGUUCAGCACAAUACAUUAAAAACCUCAACGCCAAGGACUAUGAAGAUAAAUACCCAGAUGCAGCAGAGGCCAUAAUCAAUGGUCAUUAUGUCGACGACUAUUUAGACAGCAAAGAUACAGAAGAGCAAAUAAUCAGUCUGACCAACGAUAUUCGAUUCGUACAUCGCCAAGGUGGGUUUGAAAUCCGAAAUUUCAGGUCUAAUUCUUCAUACGUUCUUAAAGCCAUCGACGAGAUCCCCCUUCCGCCUAAAGAGUUGGGCGUAUUUCCGAAAGAAAUAGAAUCCGUACUGGGCAUUCAAUGGUUGCCAGUAAACGAUGUCUUUACCUUUUCCCUGAAUCUUCCGAACUUUGACUGCAAGCUGGUUGAUGGUUCAAUUCGCCCUACAAAACGCCAAAUACUAAGAAUAAUAAUGACCAUCUAUGACCCACUCGGAUUGCUGGCCGCAUUCAUAAUUCAAGGAAAAAUAAUCAUACAAAAACUGUGGAAAACUGGAUGUAACUGGGACGACGAAGUAAAUGAUGAAAUAUUCUCUAACUGGAAACGAUGGACAAAUUUGUUCUCUGGAUUGGGUAACAUUCAUAUUCCAAGAUCCUACUUCGGGGCGGCUGUCCCCGAGCUUUGCAAACCAAUCCAACUCCAUGUGCUUGUCGACGCCAGCGAAGAGGCAUAUGCUUGUGUCGCCUAUUUUCGCUACACCGACGGAGGCGUAAUUCGGUGUUCCCUAGUGGGUGGGAAGUCUAAGGUCGCCCCUGUUAAAACGCUGUCCAUACCAAGGCUCGAACUACAGUCAGCAGUGUUGGGAACACGCCUAGCAGAUUUCAUACAAAAAAACCAUCAAAUACCAAUAACUGAACGGUUUUUCUGGACCGACUCAGCGACAGUGCUCCACUGGAUUCAUUCUGAUACACGCAAGUAUCAUUCAUACGUGGCGUGUAGGAUUGGAGAAAUUUUAACAUCAACAAACAUCAUGGAAUGGAAAUGGGUUCCUUCUCGCAGCAACGUAGCCGACGAAGCCACCAAAUGGGGUCGGGGACCAUGCUUUGAAGCUGAGAGCAGAUGGUUGCGUGGACCAGAUUUCCUCUGGGGCAGCGAAGAUUCGUGGCCUGAACAAAAAUGGAAUCCAGCAAACGGGAAUGAAGAAUUGCGCUCAAGUCACUUUCAUGCAAAGAAAACCGAUGAGAAACUAAUUGACGUUCACCGAUUCCACAAGUGGGAGAGAAUGCAACGAACAAUCGCGUAUGCAUUUCGAUUUGGCACCCCGCGAAGUCGCAGCGAAACAUCAAACGAACCGAAGUCUCUAGAACUCCUCGACCAAAAGUAUCUACGCCAAGCUGAAACGGUAUUACUGCAGAUUAUCCAACGAGAAUCGUUUCCAGAGGAAAUGGUCGCAUUACGGAGAGUCCAAAAUAAAAAGCCUGCGGGGGUGGUGCCGAUCACCAGUCCGCUAUACAAAUUAUCAGCUUACAUCGAUGAAGAGGGAUUGGUCAGAAUGGACGGUCGUAUCGGCGCCGCCCCCAACUUGCCGAUCGAAGCUAAGUGUCCUAUAAUCCUAGCCAAAAACCAUCCUAUAACGUUCCUUCUUGUAGAUUACUAUCACCGCCGCUACUUGCAUCGAAAUGCCGAAACUGUUUUCAACGAGAUUCGCCAGCUUUUCUACAUAACGGGACUUCGGAAGCUGAUACGCACUGUAGGUUCCCGUUGUCAAUGGUGCAAGGUCUACGGCAGUUCCCCGAUGCAACCGAUGAUGGCUCCUUUACCGAAGGCUCGGCUCGUAGCGUUCCAGCGACCUUUCACCUACGUUGGUCUGGAUUACUUUGGACCAAUCCUGGUUAGGGUUGGUCGAUCGCAUGUGAAGCGCUGGGUAGCGCUCUUCACAUGCUUUACAACCAGGGCUAUCCAUCUCGAAGUCGCCCACAGCCUCUCCACUGUCUCCUGUAAAUUCUGCAUACGCCGCUUUAUAGCUCGACGUGGUGCUCCAGCCGAAAUAUACACCGAUAAUGGCACAAACUUUAGAGGAGCCGCUAAUGAGCUGCAACGUCAACUUAACAACAUCAACCAAAGAUGCGCGGAGACAUUUACCAACACCAACACCAAAUGGUACUUCAACCCACCAGCGGCACCUCAUACAGGUGAAGUCUGGGAGCGCCUAGUGCGAUCCGUGAAAACUGCACUAGAAGCCUUUCAUGACAUUCCUAGAGUCCCUGAUGACGAGACGUUUGAAACAAUCAUCUUGGAAGCCGAGAGCAUGAUAAAUAGCCGGCCGUUGACCUACAUACCACUGAACGGUGCGACAGAUGAGGCCUUAACACCAAACCAUUUCCUUCUUGGUAGCUCAACCGGAGUCAAACAAACACCGAAGGAUUCCACCAGUGCCCUUGAGUGUCUACGGAGCAGCUGGAAUCUAGCACAACAUAUUUUAGACGGGUUCUGGAGAAGAUGGUUAAGGGAGUACCUUCCAACCAUCGCCAGACGCACCAAGUGGUUUAACAACACGAAACCCAUCGAGGUAGGUGAUCUUGUCUUCGUUGCUGACGGAAAACAACGCAACAGUUGGGUCCGAGGAAAGAUUAUCGAGGUCACUCUUGGAAAAGACAAGGUUGCCAGACAAGCGGUGGUUCAAACCAAUUCAGGAAAAAUGCGUCGAGCUGUGGGGAAUCUUGCCGUGAUCGACGUCGUGGACGAGUGUAAGGACGAGAUUGGUGGAGGAACAACAUCGUCUUACGGGGGGGAGAUUGUUGAGGCCAACUGUACAUCCGUCGACCCUCCGAUUCGAGCAACGGCUCAGCUAAAAACGGAACUGGCAACCAGGCAAAACCAAGCAGAAUUGGUGAGGGUGCACAACGAAGAGCUGUCAUCGAACGGAAAUAAUCAAAGUGAGGAAGAGCCAAACGUGGUCGAAUCAUUAGAGUAA